AAUGUAAGCUGGCUUGGAGGAAUUUUUCUGAUUAAAGUUGUGUCUAUUACUCUGUACCACUCAGCAGCAUGAUUCAACAAUCAGACAGGACUCCGUAAUCCCAGCUGUAACUUAUAUUGUGUCUUAAAAAGAAGAUUAUUAAUUUUUCUUGAAGCCAUCAGGCUGGUCGAUACCUGGACAUAAUGCUAGUGAGAGGUGCUCACCUAGCAACAAUAUAAACUACUCAGAGGUGACCGGACUGCAGAGUCUCACCCAGCACCCACCCCUGAAAGACUGAAUGUAUGUGCCAGCCAGGAUCAAGCAGGUUCAACAUAUAAAGCAAAUGUGCGAGUCUUAUUGGCUGACUUGUCAUAUACGGACUAUUAUUAUUGUGAAACAUUUCUAACAAAGAACACCGUCACCCAGUAUACCUGGAAGAAAGUAGACAGGCAAAACAGGUUUAUGCAUUCCUAAAAUAACCCAUAUGCUGGAUAUAAUACAAUUAGAGACUGGUAAGCUAGUGUAUUGGACUGAAUGGAUUCUGGUUGGCAAUAUUAACAGCCUUUUUUUUUUCCCUUCUCUCUGUGUGUUGAUCAUACACAAACCAAUUUGCAUAUGAAGGGAACCACUGCAGUUUGUUGCUGGCUGUUAAACAGUGUAUGGUACAACGACUACAGGAUUUGUCCAAGUAAUAGCGGCUAAACCAAGUACAUGUCCAGGAGUUAAACCGGAGUCGGUCACCCAUGUCAGUCUCAAUACACUUCUUGUGGUGAAGGCAAAUAUAGCACAAACACAAACGGGUGAACUGGUGAUACCACACCCUUCUUUUUAGGACACCAUUCUUCCACGAAACUUAUCUGCUGAUCUAAUGAUGUGUUCACGCAAGACAGACUGAAAAUUUUAAUCUCGUUUCAUAUUAGCCAGGUCUUAAUUAUGGGCAGGUGUCAAAACUGAGGUGAAGGUGCUGCCAAAAUGUCCUCGUUUGAACAUCUGUCCAUUACCCUGGAGCAUGAUAUUGAUGAACAGUACCAGUAUCAACCAGGAGAGAUUGUUCGAGGACACAUCCACCUGACAACUGUGCGUCCAGCAUUCAUUAAAUCCAUCUACAUCACGAUAAUUGGCGAGGGAUCGGUCGGGUGGGAGGAUGAGACCACUCAGCAAGCAUUCACUGCCGAGGAGACCUACGUCAAUGUCUCCAAAGUCAUUGUCGACACCAAGGACACAAAACCUCUCAGCAUAAUCAAAGGAAGACACGAGUUUCCCUUUGAGUACCAGCUCCCCGAAAACCUGCCAUCAUCUUACAUCGGCAAAUUUGGAAGUAUCACGUACCUCCUGAAGGCAACAACUCAUGGCAAUCGGACGAGUGAUCAUGCAAUAACGAGUGAACCGUUUCUGGUUCUCCGACGGAGUGUGCUGCCAAGCAGUGUUGAAAAGGUGCUGACGAUGGAGAACGAAAAGCGACUGGUGUCACUGUGUUCGUUUGGAAAGAUAUCGGUUAAAGUGUCCGUCAACAAGCAGGGCGGCAUCCCGGGGGAGGAUCUCUUCAUUCAUGCGGAAAUCAAAAACAAGACCCGCCGGACGAUAACUGCAAUACAAGGUGCCAUCGUGAUGGACAGCAAAUACCACGCCAGCAACCAGUCAACGUCGUUCCGACAGAUUGUCAACAAGAAGCGCGAUGAGGUGGAUGUCGGGUACAACGAGGCCAGACGCUGGUCGUGUGUGCGGCUUGCCGUCCCGCCCUACAUUCCGGAAUCGAAGCUCGAAUUCUGUGACAUCAUAGAUCUCACUUACACAUUCCAGUUCCGCGUCGAGCUCACUGGCGGUACUGAGAUAAUCCUGCAGGCACCGCUGAUCAUAGGAGCCCUGCCAGCGGGUCUGGAAUUCCCCGAUUCCAAGGAGAGAGGACACAAGAUUAACAGCCAGUGGACAGUUCGAAGCAAGGGAAUUAUGUAUGACGAAGAUGACGGUGUAGUGCACCUUCGGAACAAUAAUGACCAUGACGCUCAUGAUGAGUGGAAUGCUGGGGUUCCCGAACUACGACCGGAUUAUUCUGUUGUGAAAAAUCCACUCUUUCGAAAGGAAUCCUUCAUCACAACUGUGGGACAACGGAAAUACACAUCAACAGAAUCAGUGGAGAUUAUGGAAAAUACAAGAUUAUGAGGCUAGUUUUGAUGUAGACUCAUUAGUAUAUUGGAUUAAUGAAACCAAUAGUAUAACAUUGCCAUUGUAUAAGAAUGAUAUUGACUAAAGGAUAUAUGUUGAUGAAUGGAAACAAAUGUUUCAGUUAGUAACACACAAAGUAACUUAUAACCACAUUAUACAUAUUAGAUGUUGAACAAUUAUAUUAAUAAUAUGCUGAAAGAAUAUUCACAUAUGAUUAUUAAAUGCACCGCAAUAGAACAUUAUUUGAAACUGUUUCAUGUACUGCAAUGCAUAUUUUAUACAGAAAAUAUAUACCAGGGUACCUUACUUUAGAUCAAUGUGAAAAGUGAAAUCUAUUAAAGACAUUUGUUUCAUACUAAAAUGAUUAUAAAAAUUGAAUAUUACACACCUAUUUCAACUACUGAAAGGCACACCCAUUCUGUUUGAAAACAGAUGGUAAUCCAAAUGCAGUUUUUUUUAGCAUUAAGUAAUCUUGGGUUUUUUUCUUGAGCUUAAUGUUUUAGAUUAUUUAUAGCAAUCUUAAAUUAUUUUAAGUUUGUGAUGAACUAAGUAUCAGUACUCUAAAAGACAUAGGCCAGGGUUUUAGAUUUCACCAAAGUUGAGGCAAUAAAAAGUGUUCACAAACUAGUUUAUGCUCAAAAUAAGCAAAUACAAAUUAAGUACUAAAAUGCUAACCUCAAAACAUUUAACCUCAAAACCAAUGAAAUAUAAAGCUAUAUUUAGAUUAACAUAUUUUGAAAUGCAUUUCUGUAUAUGUACAACUCUUUACCAGCUAUUAUUAACAUUACUGCACUAAAAAGACCUUUAUGUGCUCAAAACAUCUGUUGUGCCCAAAUUAGUGAGAUCUAAAGCCUUGUAGGCCAAAACAAUUUUAGCUGUGCCCAAGUUAGAUCCAGCUGUGUAUAUUCUGCAGUGUUGUAAACGACAAGAAAUGACAUACACUUUGAAAUCGUACUGUUAUUUUAGGAGUAUGAAAUAAUUUUUUGUAUGAUAUUUAAUAAAAUCAAACUGAAUGUU